CGAUCGUGACCCCCCCGCCCGUGAACGAACUCAACAGGGAGCUCGACGUCCUCCUGGCGCACGAGGACAACACCGUGAACACGGAGGCCGCGGCGCUUCUCGCGAGCGCGACGGCGCGGGUCCGAUCCGAGCGCCUCGCCGGGACGAAUCCGAACGGCGCGCCGCUGUACGAGAAGAGGGUCGUCGUCGACGGCACGGCCGUGCAGCUUUCGAAGCAGGAUCCGCUGAAGACGCUUCUCACGACGCCGAAGCUCCCUGCAGAGCUCGUUGAGCACCUUCCCGCGGAGACGGAGGGGCCGGGGACGCUUCCGUAGCGAAGGCGCGACGGGGGAAGCGGGGAUCGGAAUUAAUUAUUAGACUAAACGCAACUUUAGAAGAAGACGGAAGGAAGCGUCGCGAGCGAUGGCGGGGCCUCGCAGGAGCAGGCUCGCCGCGCGGCGCCGGACGAUCGCGCGGUGCUGCGCGUGCGUCGUCCUCGCGCUCGCCGCGCUCGCCGCGCGGCCGACCGCGCGCGGCGUGGGCGACGCGCGCGAGCGCGCGCGUCGCCGCGCGUCCGUCGACCCGUCGCUCCUCGAGGAGUGGUCGCGGUCGCGUCUGCCGCCGAAGUGCUCGCGCGCGCUGUCCGGCUCCGUCGACGCCGCGUCCGGGUCGUGGGCGCUCUCGCACGUCGCAUCGCGCUCGAAGCUGUACGCGGCGAUGGACGCGGAGCUGACGGAGCGAGGACUGACGGCGUUCGACGACGCCGGCGGCGCGCGGACGCAGGGCUCCGGCGUCGACGACCUGUUCGCGUUCGACCGCGUCACCGGGCUCGCGCGCGCGAAGCUGACGCGGCUCGACGUCGCCGUCCGCGCGAUCGUGCUCCCGCUGCCGAGGCGCUCGCGCGCGGCGUUUCGGAUGCGCCGCGCGACGCGCGCGGUCGUCGCCGCCGCCGGGUAUCACGACGGAAGAGACGCGUGGCUCCAAGACCCGGACGCGUAUCACUUCUCGAUGUUCCACGCGUCGCACCACCUCGCGCCGACGCCCGCGUCCGCGGCGGAGGUCGAGGCGGAGAUGCGCGCGGUGGCGCGCGUCGUGCGCGGCGCGUGCGCGAUGACGGCGACGAUCGAACGCGUCGUCGCGACGCCGUCUGGCUCGGUCGUCGCGCUCUGGAACCUCGCCGGCGGGUCCGAACCCAGCGCGUUCCGCGACGCGCUGCGCGCGGCGCUGCCGAACGCGCCCGCGGCGCAGAUCGUGAGCGACGAGCACAUCAUGCACACGACGCUGGCGCGGUUGCUGAGGCCGCCGCCGGGCGCGGGGGGGGACGCGGCGGCGGCGACGGCGGCGGCGGCGGCGAUCGCGCGCCAACUCACCGAGCGACUGUGCGGCGUCGAGGUCACGCUCCCGAUCGCGUGGUUCGUCCAGGAGCGCGAUAAGCUCGCGCUCGCGCUGGGGGGGGCGCACGACGCGACGCCGACGACGUUCGACGCGUGCGGCGGCGGCGGGUGACGCGCCGCGAGGUCGACGAAUAGCAUUCGUAAUAAAUGAAUGGAACGUUAAACG